AUGGCUGAUACGACAUCGAAAAUUGGUGCAAUGAAUAUUGCUUCGUCGAGUCGUACAAGUAUUGCACUUGAUAUAGCAUCAGCUGAAAAACCUGGAAAAUUCACUAAUUCAACUCCGGAAGGUGAACACAUUAUGGUUAUUGAAGCUUGGAAGCAUUCUGAUUUCUUAUGCAAAAACUAUAUUCUGAAUGGGCUUCAUGAUGACUUGUACAAUGUGUACAGUAAUAAGAAAACUUUCAAAGACCUCUGGGAUGCUUUAGAAAAGAAGUAUAAGACAGAGGAUGCCAGAUUGAAGAAAUUCAUCGUGACAAAGUUUCUGGACUUCAAGAAGGUAGAUAGCAAAUCUGUUGUUACUCAAGUUCAGGAAUUGCAAAUGAUUAUCAGUGAUCUCCUUGCGGAAGGUCUAGUGAUUAAUGAGGCCUUCCAAGUAGCUGCUAUGAUUGAGAAGUUACCUCAUUUGUGGAAGGACUUCAAAAAUUACUUAAAGCAUAAGAGAAAAGAGAUUUCCCUUGAAGAUCUCAUUGUAAGAUUGAGAAUUGAAGAUGACAAUAAGGCUGCAGAGAAGAGGUCUCGUGGAAAUUCAACAAUAUUAGGAGUCAAUAUUGUUAAAGAUGGAAGGUCUAAGAAGAGAAAAGCAAACUCUGAAGAAACUCAAAGGUAA